AGACAACCUCUCUCCACUCAUCUUUGUCUUUGCAUUCCUAUUUCCUAGUCCUCAAAAAAUCAGAAAAGAAAAAAAAGCCCUUAUGCUUGUCGUUUUCCUUUUGAUUUAGUCAAAAUUCUUGAAACCAAGCUGCUCAUAUUGUCAUGUCUAUUUGGUUUUCAUUAUCAAUCCCCCCCAUUUUUGGUCUCCACUUACUCAUGCUUUUUGAAUCCCACUGAAGUGGGUUCCUGUUUACUUGUUCUCUAGCCAUUAUAAAGAAUUUCAAAUUGGUUUCUUUUUAUUUGUUCCACAGUGCUUCAAAUCCCACUGUCUUGGCUGCUCAAGAAAGCCAAAGAAAAUCUGAAAUUUGCCACAGUUGCAGGAUAAGGACAUUGUACCAAUUGCUACUAAAUGGAGACCUUAACUACCACUGCAAUGCCCUUCCCUCGAGAGCCAGCAAAUUAUGACGAGGUAUCAAUGCAGCAAAGCGUGCUGUUCUCCGACAGUCUUAAGGACUUGAAGAAUCUCAGGAAACAACUCUACUCUGCAGCUGAAUAUUUUGAGUUAUCGUACUCCAACGAUGACCAAAAACAUGUAGUGGUAAAUACAUUGAAAGAUUAUGCCAUUAAAGCUCUUGUGAACACCGUUGAUCAUUUGGGCUCCGUGACUUAUAAGGUCAAUGAUCUAUUAGACGAAAAAGUAGAUGAAGUUUCUGGAACUGAACUUCGGGUAUCUUCCAUUGAGCAGAGACUAAGGUCAUGCCAGGGAUAUAUUGAUCGCGAGGGUCUUUCACAGCAAUCGUUAGUUAUAAAUACUCCUAAGUACCAUAAACGAUACAUCUUGCCAGUUGGUGAAGCGUUGCGUGGUCUUGAUGCAGAAGAUGACUGGAAUCAGUUUCGAAAUGCUGUUCGUGCAACGAUUACAGAAGCUCCAUCAUCUGCAGUUGUAAAAGGGCGCUCUCCAUCACCUUCUCCACGACUUUCUCACCAACAACCUCGUGAUUUCUCGUUCUCGAAGACCAUGCCAAGAAGAGAACUAGAGAAGCGGACAGUGUCACCACACCGUUUUCCUCUUCUACGAACAGCAUCUUUCGCCAGCAGGUCCACUACGCCUAAAACAUCUCGCCCAACCACCCCAAAAGGCUCCCGGUCAACCACCCCAAAUUCAAGUCGACCAACCACUCCAAACCCCAGACGCCUGUAUCCUGCAGAACCUCGCAAAUCAGCCUCAAUGCGGCUCCAUGCUGAAAAAGAUAUACCAAGAGAUUCCGAUGAGUACCCCAGCAAAAGUAAACGCCUUCUUAAAUCUUUGCUUAGCCGACGCAAAUCAAAGAAAGAUGAAGUGCUAUAUACAUACCUCGAUGAAUACUGACGAUACACGAUCAAUCAAUACAAUCCCUUUAAGCAAAGAAGAAACUCGGGCAUGCUCCCUUCACUCAAAUUUAUCAUGAUUUUGCAGUGUUACAGAGUAUAUUACAUUUCAAAGUCCAUUACAAUGUAUCCUUGAAAAUCUGUUUACUAGUAGAGUUAUAAGGUGUAAUCUUGAUUGUGAAGAAGAUAUGUAUAAACAGUUUCCUCAAACAAUUGCAGAACUUUUCAUUGUUGUCAAAGCAAAUGUUCAACACAGUUGUAAAUAAUACUCAUUUAUUUUUUGG